AUGAAGACGUGGUCAGUUGUUGUGUGUUGGCUGUGCGCUACAGCCUUGGUAGGGAGCUCUGACAAGCAAGCCUACAUAUGCACACCUCCAUUUCAAAUUUACGAGGGAAACUGCUAUCACAUCAGCAAAGAUAAAGUGUCUGGAGACGAGGCAUUUGCCCGCUGUAGUCGUAUGGGGGCAUAUCUCGCCAACUUUGAGACACUUGAGGAAGCAAUGUUGAUGAAAAAAAAAUUGAAGGAAAUGAAUUCAGGUCUUCACUUUUACGUCGGUGGAAGAAACAUUAACAGAAGAAAACCGGGAGGGGACUGGAGAUGGAUCAGAAAUGGAGAAAUGAAGGAAAUGACGUAUUUUGCUUUUGGUGCCGGGCAACCAAACGGUUCUGACAAAGCUCCGCAAGAAUGCAUGUUCUUUUAUGCAGCAGAACGGUACAUUUUCCACGACGUCUUUUGUGACCAUGAUACAUACCUUGGUGGUUAUAUCUGCGAAAAGUCCUACAUAUGCUCACCUCCAUUUCAAAUUUACGAGGGGAACUGUUAUUACAUCAGCAAAGACAAAGUGUCUGGAGACGAGGCAUUCGCCCGCUGUAGUCGUAUGGGGGCAUAUCUGGCCAACUUUGAGACACUAGAGGAAGCAAUGUUGAUGAAAAAAAAAUUGAAUGAAAUGAAUUCAGGUCUCCAUUUUUACGUCGGUGGGAGAAACAUAAACAGAAGAAAGCCAGGAGGGGAUUGGAGGUGGAUCAAAAAUGGAGAAAUGAAGGAAAUGACGUAUUUCGCUUUUGGUUCCUCACAGCCUGAUGGGGCCGAUACUGCCCCACAAGACUGUAUGUUCUUUUAUGCAGCAGAACGAUACAUUUUUCAUGACGUUUUUUGUGACCAUGAUGCAUAUCUCGGCGGUUAUAUUUGUGAGAAGUAAAAAAAAAAAAAAUGAAUAUAAUGAC